AUGGAGGCUGUUUACUAUCAUGGGAUCCGCAACUUUGAAAUCCUUCAAACAGAGAUUCCUCUUAUCGACGACAAUGAGAUUCUGAUCAAAGUAUCUGCUUGCGGAAUCUGUGGAACAGAUCAGCAUAUUAGCGAAGGAGAAUUUAUUGCAAAAUUUCCUCUUAUUCCUGGUCAUGAAAUCGUCGGGACCGUUGUAGAGCUAGGAAAGAAAGUGAAUUCCGGCACACUCAAAGUAGGGGAUCGAUGUGUGGUUGAUCCUAGCCUUACGUGUGGACUGUGUUUCUACUGCCGUAGAGGCCAACCUCUUCUCUGCGAAAAUUAUGAAGGCCUCGGUUGUACUAUGAGCGGAGGAUUUGCCGAAUACGCCGUCGCUCGAGAAAACAAGGUGUUCAAAAUUCACAACCUUACAGAUGCAGACGCAACACUGAUUGAACCUGCUGCUUGUGCAGUCCAUGGUGCAGACAAACUUGCGUUACCUGUCGGGGCGGAGGUGCUCAUUUUGGGUGCAGGACCCACUGGGCUCAUCCUGGCGCAGCUGCUUAAACUCAAUGGCGCUUCCAGGAUAGUAAUUGCUGCGAACAAAGGCAUUAAGACAAAUAUCGCACGUCAACUCGAAGUGGCCGACGAUUAUAUCGAGAUUGACCGAGAUAGUGAGGAUCAGGAUUCUCAAUGGGCUGGUAUCAAAGAUAAAUAUCCGUAUGGAUUCGAUGCUGUUGUUGAAGCUACAGGUUCUGAAAGAAUUGCGAAUUUGUCCAUACAGUACGUUCGAAGGGGAGGAACACUAAUGGUAUAUGGUGUCUAUGCAAACGAUUCUCUUGUGCAUUGGAGUCCAUCAUUCAUAUUCGCCAAUGAAAUCAAGAUCAUAGGCUCCUUCGCUCAAAUGAACUGUUUCCCUCGGGCUAUUGCAUAUCUUGACUCCGGAAAGGUAAAAGUAAGCGGCAUGGUCACCGAUACCUUCACUAUCAAGCAAUACCAACAGGCGUUGGAGAAGUUGACCAGUCGAACAGCUUUGAAGGUGGUUGUUAAGCCAUAAAUGUAUCUCUUAGCAUUCCUUAACAGAACUCUGUAUAAUUACCUUUGGGUGCCAAUAGACGCCUAUGCGGUUUUCCGAAGCGGUAUCCCUUGCCCCUAUUCAUAACUGGCAGAUAGGACGCAGCGCAGCACUAGCGUGGAUAUAACCCCUGGGCCAGAGGGUGCAUGAGGAAGGCAGGGGGAGGCCUACAUUGCCCAGCGAUUCUAGAUUCUGUUGUUCAACAAAAUCUACAGAUCAAAGCACACAGGAGGUAAAUAACCUUUUUUUGCAUAGGCCGCCGUCAUGUAUAGGAGGUACCUAACUCGAGGAACGACGAAGAGAAGAUGACUAGGGAACAAA